AAUACUCUUCAGUACGAUGUAUCUUACAAACAGCAACUUACCAACCAAUUAACAGCAAUAAAAACCUAGGAACUUCUGACCAUCAACUCAACAUCCUUAACAAAUCAUAACAUAAUUAAGAGCAAUGCAAUCAGCAUACAAGAUUCACCAGGUAACAGACCAAACAAAGUCAAAGAGACACCAAAAAUAAACGGCCUCUCGAAUCCUCAAAGAAGAUAAUCUUGAUAUCACCUUCAUAGGAUUUAGCACUAUAUAAGCACACUUCAACGAGACGUAAUGCAGCACAAAUAAGUAACACAAAUAACUUAAAAGGAGUAAUAAUGGCAUCAAGAAAUGGAGAGUUUCAAACAAAAAAGUUUGCUCUUCCUGUUGAUGCAGAGAAUAAGUCUAUAAAUUUCCCACUCUUUUCAGUAGCAAAGCCUCAUAUGCGAGCAUUUCAUUUAUGCUGGAUACAGUUCUUUUCAUGCUUUCUGUCCACAUUCGCAGCUCCACCUCUGCUUCCAAUCAUUCGUGAUAACCUUAACUUGACCGCCAAUGACAUUGGUAAUGCAGGGAUUGCAUCAGUUUCAGGGGCAAUCUUUGCCCGUGUUGCCAUGGGUACGGCAUGUGACAUAGUUGGUCCUCGACUAGCCUCUGCCACCCUCACCCUCCUCACUGCACCUGCAGUGUACCUAUCUGCUGUUGCAGACUCAGCAACAGGGUUUUUCCUUAUAAGGUUUUUCACUGGCUUUGGUUUGGCCACCUUUGUCUCAACUCAGUACUGGAUGAGCUCCAUGUUUUCUCCAAGAGUUGUGGGUAUGGCCAACGGGCAGGCAGCCGGGUGGGGGAACUUAGGAGGCGGUGUAGCUCAGCUAGUAAUGCCCCUUGUAUAUAGCGUAAUCCUUAAGAUAGGAGCUACACCAUUUGCAGCUUGGAGGCUUGCAUUCUUCAUCCCUGCUUUUUUCCAGAUGACCUCAGCAUUUGCAGUAAUGCUCUUCGGGCAAGACUUGCCUGAUGGGAAUUUUCACCAGCUGCAGAAGUCAGGUGAUAUGUACAAGGAUACCGCGUCAAAGGUUUUGUACCAUGGAAUGACCAAUUACAGGAGCUGGAUCACUACUCUGGGUUAUGGGUUCUGUUUAGGAGUAGAGCUGACAGUAAAUAAUAUCAUUGCCUACUACUUCUAUGACAGGUUUAAUCUAAACCUAUAUAUUUCAGGAAUGAUUGCUGCCAGUUUUGGUAUGGUCAAUAUUUUCUCCAGGCCUAUAGGUGGUGGUCUGUCAGAUCUUAUGGCAAAAAAGUUUGGAAUGAGAGGAAGAUUAUGGGGCUGGUGGAUUGUGCAAGCCCUAAGUGGUGUACUGUGUAUCGGUCUGGGACUGAUUGACACCUUAGGCGCAGCAAUUGCAGUGAUGAUCAUCUUCUCUUUGUUUGUGCAAGCAGCCGAGGGGCUCACAUUUGGGGUUGUCCCAUUCGUCUCAAGAAGAUCUUUGGGAGUGGUUUCUGGUAUGACUGGAGCAGGAGGUAAUGUAGGUGCAGUCAUUACUCAAGUCCUUUUCUUCAGAGGAUCGCAAUACUCGACAGAAAAGGGAAUAACAUACAUGGGUUUUAUGAUCAUAGCAUGCAGCUUUGGCAUAACUUCCAUAUACUUUCCACAAUGGGGAGGUAUGUUUUGGGGUCCUAAAGAAGAUUUUACAGAAGAAGACUACUAUUUAAGGGAAUGGGAUUCGAAAGAACAAGAGCAAGGACUUCAUCAUGUAAGCAUGAAAUUUGCAGCAGGCAGCAGGAACGAAAGAAGCAACAAAGGAAAGUCCGUACCAGAAGCAGAGAUGACCGAAACUCACGUCUGAACCGCCAUCUUAGACUCCAAAAUUAGUACUGUCUUGAGUGUCUUCAGUCGUAUAUUUCUGUUCAUAAGAAAAUGUCAUUAAACUAUUGGAUUAUAGUAAUGCUUUGACAUUUUAAACACCACACCGGAAAAGGAGAGAAUAAGGGCGCUUCAGGGUGCUGUAUGAAUCUAGUAGAUUAAGUAGAUAGAAUUGCAUGUACAAGAUCAUGAUUGUCCUCCUAUUUUAGGACCGUUGUCUUGCUCAAAUGGAUUAUGAAAUAAUCAUUUGUCUUGACGAUUGAACUCAUGAAUUUGAGAAAUACAUUUGAACUUGAUA